UUCGUCUGAUAACUAAAAAUGGACAAGAGCGAGUGUGCGCUUUGCUACCGGCGGCGUGACAUCUUCUCCUGCGCGAACUGCACGUCAGCCAUGCUGCAACAGCGUCGCACGAUGCUAUCCGCGCUGCAGGCGGACGUGGCGGUGCUACGCAAAAAGACUGAGUGUGCGCUGAACACGAAAAGUGCGCUGGUGGAAACGGAACUGCGUCUUGACAGAUGCAUGAAGCAGGUGGAGCAGCUGGCCGAGAGGGUCAUGAAGACGCGCGAGCAACUCUGUUCCGAGCGGAUCGCGGUCGUGGAACGGGCCUCUAAACUGGAAGAGCGAACUAUGCAGAUGGCGGAGGCGCAGCACAAGCUGCAGCAGGAGAAUGAAAGAGCCGAAAGCCUCCAUGUUCCCAUUCUCGAAUGUCUCGACUACCAAGUUCAAUGGGCGGACGAGAAUGCUGCAAAAGUACGGGGUGAUAAACUUCGAGAACUGUUCGCAUUGUUUGGCUUGACUCCGAAGGACGAGAGAAAUGUGGAUGAGGGUGAAGAUGAGGACGACCCGUUGAGUGGGUUACCUGACGAACGCGAGGGUGUUUCGGAGGAACAAAGACAACGGAAAGCACGGACGAGCGGUCCUGUGUACUUCCGGACAGUUGCAGGACUGCCCAUGCCCAAGUCUGGUAAAUUUGAGAAUGUACCCCCCGAAGUGGUUGCUGCGGCGCUAGGCAAGGUUAUUCAUCUCCUGCAUUGCCUUGUCAAGUAUCUGAAGGUCACGUACCCGCACCCGAUGCAGUUCAAUGGAUCGUUCUCGACGAUUGGGAAUACGCGUGAAGGAGCUGGAUGCCACACGCUUUAUCCAGAUGGUAGUGCUGGGUUUGAGCGUGGCGUGAGUAUGCUUCACGAGAACGUAGCAUUCCUGUGUGCCUGCCAAGGAGUGCUCAAAAGUGACGUCCACCCCACAGAUUUGCUGGGAAACUUGCUGCUGGCUUACAAGUCUUCACGACUCGGAACACUUUGCGACAACCAAGAAGCGAAUACACUAGGCGGAAGCGUCGAGAUCUUGCCGCACUACUCGUGA